AUGGCAGAAAUCGAGUGGCCCUGGCAGUAUAAUUUCCCUCCUUUUUUUACGAUUCAACCUCACUCCGAAACAAGAGCAAAGCAAUUAGAAGCAUGGCAGCAACUUAUAUCCGAUUACCUCAAAGCUACAAAACAAUCUACAAUAGACAUAAGAGAAGCACAGAACAGUCCACUAUUUAACAAUCCCGCGAUAAAUAGAAAAUUAUCUUCUGAGGCGCUCUUGACUAUUCUAGAAGAUAUGGCGAGAAAUGGUAAAGCAGCACCAAUUGACAAGAGCAAAAAUAUAUGGGAAAUUUAUUGGCAUUCCUUGGAUGAAUGGGGAAACAUGAUUUAUGACUGGGCAAAUAGUAAUGGCUUAAAUAAUUCUGUUUGCACACUUUUCGAGUUGCGACAAGGCGACAAUACUGUUGGUGAAGAAUUCCAUGGUCUAGAUAUCAAUAUUCUAAUAAAAGCCUUGAAAGCUCUGGAAGUGAAAGGCAAGUGCGAAUUGAUGGAAUUUGACGACAACCAAGGUGUAAAGUUCUUC